GCCAUCGUUAAGUUGUCAGUUGUCGCUGCUGCUGCUGCUGUUGCUGCUGAUUGCGCUCAGUGUGUUGCCGCUCGCCAACAGCAACAGCAUCAAUAGCAGCAGCAACAACAACAACAGCAACAACAACAACAACAACGACGACAACAUGGAUACAUUUGGCGUUGGAAAGACGCCACUGGAACUGGAAGAGGAGCAGGCGGCGUCCAAUGCGAAUUCGCUGCAUCAACGCACACCGCUGGAAAGCGCAAGCGGCAACAGCAACAGCAAAGGCAACUAUAUGAUCAUGCAGCCAGCAGAAGUGGGUGAUGCUGGUGGUGCUGCUAGUAGGGAUCACAGUCGCUCGCUGAAGCGCGCCUCGCUGACAAACUCGAGCAUGACUUGCAACGAUGGCACCCAUGCCGGCUUCUAUCUGCGCAAGCAGCCCAACUCCAAAAAGUGGGUCGUCUUCCUCGAGGGCGGCUGGCAUUGCUUUGACAACCGUUCGUGCCGAGCGCGCUGGAUGCGACUGCGUCAUCUGAUGACCUCCUCCCAGUGGACUGAGACACGAGAUGUUGGUGGCAUUCUCUCUCCGCACGCUGAGGAGAAUCCCUAUUGGCACAAUGCGAACCAUGUGCUGGUGCCUUACUGCAGCAGCGACUCCUGGUCGGGCACCCGCAUCGAGCCGGAUACACGAGAUCGCGAGAACAGCUGGCGCUUUAUGGGCGCCCUGAUCCUGCGUCAGGUGAUUGCCGAUCUGAUUCCGCUUGGACUGGGACGUGUUGCUGGCGGCGAGCUGCUGCUGGUGGGCUCCUCCGCCGGCGGUUUGGGUGUCAUGCUCAACUUGGAUCGCAUACGCAACUUUCUGGUCAAUGAGCGCAAGUUGCCGGUGACGGUGCGCGGUGUCAGCGAUUCAGGUUGGUUUCUCGAUCGCGAGCCCUACACGCCCUCGGCGGUCGCGUCCAGCGAGGCAGUGCGUCAGGGCUGGCGACUGUGGCAGGGCCUGCUGCCCGAGGACUGCACCAAGGUCCAUCCCGCCGAGCCGUGGCGCUGCUACUUCGGAUAUCGCCUGUAUCCAACGCUAAAAACACCACUAUUCGUGUUCCAGUGGCUGUUCGACGAGGCACAGAUGAGCGCCGACAAUGUGGGUGCGCCGGUGACGCCGCAGCAAUGGAACUAUAUACAUGAGAUGGGCGGCGCCCUGCGCUCCUCGCUGGACAAUGUGAGCGCUGUGUUUGCGCCCAGCUGCAUUGGACACGCGGUGCUCUCGAAACGCGACUGGGUCAAUCUCAAGAUCGAUGACAUCUCGCUGCCGGCAGCGUUGAGGUGCUGGGAGCACUCCACGCGGCAGCGACGCAAGCGGCACGACAACAAGCUCAAACGGUCGACGGAGGCAACGACAACGACGACGGCGUUGCAUCCACAUUCACAUCCACAUCCGCAUCUGCAUCCACAUCCGAAUGCGAACGGGAAUAGCCAAAGACAUCAGCAGCGGCAUCAGCAUCAGCGUGUGCAGAAGCUCAACCAGGUGGAGCAGCGCAAGAGGAAUCAUCUCAGCAAGGAGCAGCGUGAGGAGCGCAAGCGUCGCCGUCAGGAGCGACGCAAGCAGCGACGCCGACAACAGCAGCAGCAGCGCAAGCGUGAAAAUGAAGCCAACAACAACAAGAACAACAACAGCAACAACAACAGCAACCACAACAGCAACAACAACAGCAACAAUAAGAACAACAGCAAUCACAGCAAGUCGAAGCGACGUCCACAGCUGACUGCCGAGCAGCAGCUGCAGCGCAAGCAGCAGCGCCAGCUGCGACGCAAACAGCAACAGCAACAGCAACAACAGCAGCAGCAGCACCAGUUGCAACAGGAGCAGCCAAUGGAGUCGCAAAAGCGACGCGCCUCCAACAAUGCCGCCAAACUGAAGCCAAACCAGCGAGUGCCGCGCGUGCCAGAGAAAUGCAAUCUGCGUCUGCUCGAGCGUUGCAGCUGGCCGCAGUGCAACCAUUCGUGCCCCACGCUCACGAAUCCGCUAACCGGCGAGGAGAUGCGCUUCCUCGAGCUGCUCACCUCAUUCGGCUUGGACAUUGAGGCGGUGGCAGCAGCGCUGGGUGUCGAUAUGCACACCCUGAAUAACAUGGAGCGAACGGAAUUAGUUAAUCUGCUCACGCAGCAGGUGAGCUGAAAGGAAGCAGAGCGUACACUCAGAGAAAAUGCACAGAGGAAUUGCUGCUAAAUUCUAGAAGUAGCUGCUUUUUGUAGUCUCGAAAAAUCCAAAAUAUUCGACUGUUUCUGGCUAAACUUAAAGUACGAUUUGUUAAGGAACGAAAUAACUUGGAAAACAUAUUUUAAAUUCUAAGAUGCCCAAGUUCUUAAAUCGAACACUGAACAAUCUUAAGACAAAACUAAAG